CACGUUCAAUCUUGAGGUUCGAGUUGGACCUCUUCUCUCCUGCAUUAUUAUUGUCUUUUGGUGCGUUCAACGGUUGCACCUGAGAUCAGAGAAUUCAUUCAUUCUCUCUUUUGAAGCAACAUUUCAGUUUUUGAAAGACAAUGGCCGAAGAGGAUAUUCAACCACUCGUCUGUGAUAAUGGUACAGGAAUGGUUAAGGCUGGAUUUGCUGGAGAUGAUGCUCCAAGGGCUGUGUUUCCUAGCAUUGUUGGCCGACCACGCCACACCGGCGUGAUGGUUGGAAUGGGACAAAAAGAUGCAUAUGUUGGAGAUGAAGCUCAGUCCAAACGUGGUAUAUUGACUCUAAAAUAUCCAAUUGAACAUGGUAUUGUGAGCAAUUGGGAUGAUAUGGAGAAGAUUUGGCAUCACACCUUCUACAAUGAGCUUCGCGUAGCCCCCGAAGAGCACCCGGUUUUGCUCACCGAAGCGCCUCUUAACCCGAAGGCUAAUCGUGAGAAAAUGACACAAAUUAUGUUUGAGACAUUCAACACACCUGCAAUGUAUGUUGCCAUCCAGGCCGUUCUAUCGCUCUAUGCCAGUGGUCGAACAACCGGUAUUGUUCUUGACUCUGGAGAUGGUGUGAGCCACACGGUACCUAUUUACGAAGGCUAUGCCCUUCCACACGCUAUCCUUCGUCUCGAUUUAGCAGGGCGUGACCUCACCGACGCCCUGAUGAAAAUCCUAACCGAGCGUGGCUAUUCGUUCACUACGACAGCCGAGCGUGAAAUCGUAAGGGAUGUGAAGGAAAAACUGGCUUACAUUGCGCUUGAUUACGAGCAAGAGCUUGAAACUUCAAGAACAAGUUCUUCUGUUGAGAAAAGCUAUGAGCUUCCUGAUGGACAGAUCAUCACCAUUGGCGCUGAGCGUUUCCGUUGUCCUGAGGUUCUCUUCCAGCCGUCCAUGAUUGGAAUGGAAGCCGUUGGCAUUCACGAAACGACCUACAACUCAAUCAUGAAGUGUGAUGUUGAUAUCAGAAAGGACUUGUAUGGAAACAUAGUACUCAGUGGUGGUUCUACCAUGUUUACUGGUAUUGCAGACAGAAUGAGCAAGGAAAUUAGCGCGUUGGCUCCAAGCAGCAUGAAGAUCAAGGUGGUUGCUCCGCCCGAGCGAAAAUACAGUGUCUGGAUUGGUGGAUCUAUCUUAGCUUCUCUCAGCACUUUUCAACAGAUGUGGAUUGCGAAGGCUGAGUACGAUGAAUCCGGUCCUUCGAUCGUACACAGGAAAUGCUUUUAGAGUGGUUUGGUGUAGGUUUGGUGUUCUUGUUUGACAAGGCAAUAUCACCUUUCAAUGGUUUCUGAUAUUUUUUGUUGAGAGUAUUUAUGUAAUGUUAGAAAGGUGAAGUUGGGGAAGGUGGAGUUUCAUGACACAGUUGAUUCUUUCAUUUGUUUUGGUCUUACCAAUUGGUAAUUGUUGAACAAUUGAUCUUAAUCUUUUACUAUAAAUCAAAGAAAUUUCAAAUUAUUUUGUUGA